GUUAAAGGUGAAACCACGGCGUAGAGUCUUCACCUUGGACAGAACUUCCGCAGAAAAUAUGAUAUCGUGUCAUGAUCAGUGCACAAUGCUGCCUUCGGAAUUAGCCUUAACAUAAUGAGUCGUUUUUUAAGUCGAACCGUGCUGUGCAUGCCCGCUCUGCUCAGUAAGUCUGUCUCAAACGAAACACACAGUGAGUCACCACAUCGAACAGCACGACGAUCGAAGCAGACUGCAACUGCCUGGUUCAAGCCUGCACAGUCAUUUUGAGUUCGGUUCGUAGGAGGUCCACGAAGCAAGACGUAGGGGAAAAGUUGUACAUAAAAGGAAAAAAGGGCUACUUUUUCAUAGAGAAGACUAUCGUAAUAGAGGUAUGAGAAUACAUGCCGGCACACGCUUGUUCGAUAUGCGUGGGGGUCACAGCGGAAGUACUUGCUUUCCCUUGAAGUUUUCUAUUUAUCAGCGGCAAUCGUGCCGAGAUCAUAUGCGUAGUUGAAAGUUAUAUUCAGCUAUCUGAAGUGGGUGACACAGCUUUACAAUCUUGACAGCUGAAAAGAAGUGUUGUGACUGUAUCCUGGCCUGCCUGUCUCAAGGGUAGGCCGGUGUGGAGCACGCUCGAACGUUUUGCACAUUCAGCUGCCGUAUCCAACAGCCCCGUAUGGUUAGUCAUUGUUAGUACGCUCUCUCUGUGUCUACCGCUGAAAAUAUCAAGUGCGAGAGGCUGGCGGAUGCUACUUUACAGGAUGAACGAAGAUGAAUACUGGCAAUAUGCGCGAUGUACGUUUUGUCCAAAGGUGUGAGAACUUCGCCGGGAUGAGACCCAUGCGGCGUCGCAAAAACUCGGGAAACAAUUUCUAAAAGCGAGAAUCAUGUUUCCACAUGCGUUUCAGCAGGCGAAUGGGAGAUAUGAUGUUUCCGGAAGCUUCUUCGCCGCUAGGGUUUGUUGUGUCCCCGCUCCGACUGAUGUGUCUACGUGCUCUUUUCUGUUCUGUUUCGAGUUCAAUAAGUGUCACACACAAUGGUCUCAUGGAUUUCUAUCAGGCAGCCCGAAGAGCAAUUUUUAGGUGGAUCCAACAUAUCUCAAAAGGCGUAUUAGUCAAUUCUGUACAUAUUAAACCACGCCGUGGUUUUGUGUUUCUAGCUAGCUGAAUUUGCUGACCGACUGGUGGCCCCAGUAGUCUUGUGAGUAUGGUUAAAGUUCUGCAUCUCGGCGCGGUUUGUUGAUGCAUUUCGUGCCUGUUCUCCAGAAAUGCGUCACGUGUUCAACUCUAGCGCUUGGCGCGUAGAUUUGUCGGGGUCUGCGAAUGUCGGCCGCGUUGCAGAGGAGUUUGAUAGACAGGAGGGCCCUGACGCUCUUAUUGGGCAACCAACGCAUGCGGACAAUCAAGAAUCUUUGUCGAACUUGUGUCAUACACAGAAUGAUACUUCGACCGAGCCAGCGGGACCUGUGUCGAACACCUCACGGAGGAAAGCGUUUCGCUGGAGGGUUCACCACGUGAAUACCCGGGUUUUUUCUACACUGCACCGCUAUCUUCGCUGUACGCCUCUCUGUUCGCGGGCUAAGUAUGAUAUCCGCAAAAACGGGCUGGCGUUUGCUCAGCUUGACGAGCACCGGGGUCGUUCUGACAUCAUGGCGGUACUUCGCUGGGUAGACGUCGAGGCGUGUGUAUACAAACAAGAUAAAGGUGCGAUUGCUGCUGCCGUUGCAGUUGACAGCCUCGUCAGCAAUGGUAGUCAUUUCACUUUAGACGUCCUUGAUAAGGAAUGCCAACCUCUGCGGAUGGUCCGGGGGCGGUACUUAGGAGUAGGGGGGAAUGGCAUAGUUUUCGAGGCUUCGACUGCUCACUCAGGAGAGUUGGACUCUUUGGCCCUCAAACUACUGUUCCUCGACCGCACCUUCCUGCAAAGCCCGCAGUCUGAUAUUUCAAAAGCUCUUGCUGUAAGCAAACGCAUGGAAAUGAGGAUCCGUCUACUUCUUCGUUCCGUUACAUCGGCUCAACUAUACUUCCGCGACAGGUUUGCCGUACCUCUCUUUUGUGGACGAAUACGUGGACUUCCGGAUCUCUUCGAUAUUGGCAGCAGGGGCGCGGGAUGCAGCAUUGUGGUCCUUUAUAAGAGGCUAUAUUGUAGCCUGGCUGACCUUCUGUCGGCGUGCGCUAGCUUAUCGUACCAAGCAAGGCUGUUCCUCACAAAGCAGAUGAUAGAGGUUGUGCACAACUUGCACUGCAAGGGCCUCGUGCAUCGGGAUAUUAAAGACUCUAACUUUUUUCUUGAUGAACAGGGUAACAUUUACCUCGGCGAUUUCGGCCUUAGUGUUCCCAACGGUAGUACUGAAGCUCUUGUUUACACACCAAAGUUGACAGAUCCUUCAGACGUCGGAAUCGUACUGGCGGGGUGGGACAGAAGACGAGCGAUUUUCGCUCAAGUUACGGAGGCUGCUGAUUUGUGGGCUUUGGGUAUGACAUUGUACAAAUUAUGGACAGGCGUCUACCCUUUUGGUCUUUCUUCGAAGCAUUUUCGUAGGACAAAGGAUGUCACAAUGUACAUUCAACAGUUGAGCGAGGACAAAUCAUUGCCUGACCUUUUUCGCCAGCGCCGAGACGCUGGCGGUCAGCAGGUGCACCCCGAAGUUCAGAGGAUCAUCAGGGGUCUCCUUUGUUUCGACAGAACACAAAGGUUGCGUUUAAGCGAGGUUGUACGGACCUCACAAGUGCUUUCCUAAAAAUUCAUGAGUGCCCGAUGUUGCCCACCUCAUCUAGCGUAUGUUUUUUAUAUGCUGAUAGAUUCCUUGUGUUCCCUCAGCUGUGGCUGUAAUGGUUUUGUACGUUGAUGCAGUAAAACUCUUCAAAAUUUGGCCUGUCAAUCACUCACAGAAUCUAGUUAAUCUGCGUUCCGCAGGGUGGAGUGGGAGAGUUUUUCCCCCAGAGUGUUUUCCAGUCGCAGUCGCGUCCGAAUUAUACUGUCGUAAUUUCUUCCACUGUACCACCAUACAGAACCCGUGACAAAGAAGAACAAUCCCGCUGUUCAGCAGUAGCGAACAAGCUGUAUUUUUCUGAUAUCAUGUGGACCGAGGC